CACAAAGACCAAAGCGCCACGUCCUGUGAGAUGUAAAGCUCGUCCUCAGACUGAUGACCAGCAACACAACAGUGACCAGUCACAAUCACCAAGAUCUUCACAGAAAGAGAUUGUCGUGAAAACCAUUGGGAGAGACCCAGAUGUUACUCCGAUAUGCACCUCUGCUACAAUGCACACCAUCACAUUCAUAGUCUGUAAGAUCAGAACAGAGAGGAGCGUGGGAGAGGAGUGUCGCCUGCUGUAUCAACAUGGAGAGGACUUCGUGCACGAGUGUGGCUCCGGGUUCAGGCUUACGACAGAAAAGGAGACUGUGUUGCUCCACCUGAGCGGCUUAUCACCUGUGGAUAGCGGGGAAUACACCUGUGAGUGUUCACACACUCAUGGAACAGAUGUUCUCCAUCUCAUUGUCACCGUGAAAGGAGAUGACAAGAACAGCACCUCUGCCUUAACAAUGCUCAGCUACAUCACCGUGAUUGGUUGUGGGACUGCCCUCACCGCUGUGAGUGGAGUUGUUCUUGGGCUCGCCCUGAGAAAAAAGUGCUGCAGAAGCAGCACAAGGUCCGGAUCAUCUGGAUUAUCUGUGUGUGCAACCUCCUGCUCGUUGGAUAAAGAUGAACCUGAUAACCUCUACACAAGCCUUGGGCAGCCAGCAGCUUCAGAUCUUUGGCCCAGUAUGGAUGGACUGAAACGCUGGUUCGUUCUGCUUCUGCCACUGUGUGUGCACGCUGACAGCAAAGAGACUGUUGUGAAAACCAUCAGGAGACAACCAGACGUCACUCCGGUGUGCGCGAGUGAAAACUCGGGUUCGAUUGUCUUUGUAACGUGUAGGAUCAGCACAGAGAGACACCGAGGGAAGGAGUGUUGUCUGCUGUAUGUGUGCGACGAGCAGUUUGACCAUGAAUGUGACUCCAGGUUCACUCUGACACAUGACAAUCAGACCGUAUUUAUCCACCUGUCCACUUUAACCCCACUAGACAGUGGGAAUUACACCUGCGAGUGUUCGUAUCAAAGAGCAACGCAUGUGACCCAUCUCGCCGUCACUGUGGAAGCAGAUGAAGAGGACAGCUCAAAGGUCAUUUCAGCUGUCACCGUCGCUCUCUGUGCUGCUGCUGCUGCGUUCGUGGUUACAGCUGGGAUAACCUGUGGUCAUAUCCUGAGAAGGAGCCAUCCAAGAGAAGAAACAGACUCAGGCACAUCUGAGCUCAGAUAUGCAAGUCCACGUUUCUUGGACCAAGAUGAGCCCUACGUAAGCCUUCAGCAGCCGCUCGGUGACGUCUACCAUACCGUUUCCUUUGGUCGCCCUGAAGCUGCUGAUUCUGAUCCAGCUCACGUCUAUGCAGUGAUUCAUCAGGAAGCAGAUGGCAAAGAGGGUCUUCAUCCAAUUUACACAAUAUGUGAAACCAUAUAAGUCAAAGAUGGAGAUGAUACAUGUGACGGUCAACACGUGGACUUCUUUUGUUCAUGUGCAAAAUCAGUGUGCCUGAAUUAGACUUCCCUGGAAGCUUCAGUAUAACUUGACUCUUUAUAAUACUGAAGUGCCUGGAAAUCCACCAUAUCAGCCAAAGUGUGUUGUUGGAGGUGAUUAAUUCCUAAUUUAAAAGUGUAUGGAACCCCGGGGUGGCCGUAGAGUAAAGAAAUAUCCAACCUGUGGCCACAUUGCCUCAUUUUGCGAGCACUGUGUAUGAGCUGAAGGGUCUUUGAUUGGGUUGUGUGCUGCCUGUCUCCUCUUUUAGAGUGACUUGACAUGAAGGCAGAGACCCUGCAGCAGCACUUCCUUUUUAGAAGACUUCACAGCAGCUCCGACCUCUGAGAGAACUGAGAAUUUGAGGUCUGUGGGGCUGAAAAACAUUGCAAAGGGGGACUGUCUGUCUUUCUGUCUGUGUUACAUUAUACUGGAUGCUGCCAGCAGUAGCUUUUUAUUCGAGGUCUGGACCAGUAUGGAGAGAUGGAAACUGUCUUUUGCUCUGCUUGUGAUGCUGCCUUUUUGUGCUGGCACAGGUACUGUAGAGGAGCUACUUUUAACACGCUUAACAUGAGCAAAAUGUGGUUCUGUGAUGCUUCUAAAUUCAACGAGCAGCAGAUUAUUUUCUUUGUGUAAUUUGUUCUCUCUGGUCGUGCAUAAAAAGUGAACGUGCAAACUCGUCGACUGUUUCAUUCUGUGUUCGUUUUUGAUUUUAAUGUAUUGAUUGCAGAGGUUCGGCAGCUGCUUGUAAAAGGAGAUGGGACAGCGACAGAUGUCAAUCCAGUUUGCACCAAUGAAACUCAGAAUCUUAUCCUGCUAAUAGUUUGUGAGAUCAGGACAGAGAAAAACAGAGGAGAAAUGUGUCGUCUGGCCUAUCGAUACGGAACAGAAGUUUACGAGAACAAGUGUGACCCCAGAUUCAAACUCGGGACAGACAAUCAGACUGUGUUUCUUCACCUGACCGGGUUAACACCACAGGACAGCGGGAACUACACCUGUCAAUGUUCAAAUGCUGAGGGAUUCACCUGGACAGUGAGGCAUCUGAAUAUCACUGCAGAAGAGGAAGAACCUGAAAGCAGCUCUGCCAAAAUGCCCCUCGUUAAUGUUUUAAUUGGUGUGUGUUUAUUCGUCGUUAUAACUGGAGUUAUCCUGGGAGUCAUCAACAGAAAAACUCAACAUGGAGCACAACUGGAACUGCUGACCAGUCGUCCGAACACGGGACAAGAAAACAUCGAGCCAUACGAAACCUUCCUGCAGAGGCAGAAUGAGCUUUAUUCAUCUACUGUCACAUGCGUUUAUGUCAACACUAAUGACACAAAUGUGUAAUUGUGCCCUAUUUUUUUGUGAUAGAUGUUUUCCUACCGAAUGAUUUUAUUUAUAUGUGUGUAUAUAUAUUGUUCCUUUUGUAAGUUUUAGUAUUUUUUUAAAAAAUAAGAUAAGAUAAGAUGAACUUAUCUUAUCCCGCAGUGGGGAAAUUCACUUGUCAUGGCA